GAGCAUCGAGUCGUGCCGAGUUCACAGACAUUCAUUCCGUAUUCCGUUCCUCGCUCCGCCACCGCACCAGUCGUAUUUCGUCGGCCGAACACAGUGCUCGUUUUAUUCCCUUUUAUCUCCAUAAACUUAGAAAACCAAAAAAUGGCCUGCUCCGUCAGUGACACGCCCGCCCUGAAGGACCUCCCCAAGGUCGCCAACGAUCUCAAGAGCCAGCUGGAAAGUUUCAACACCGGCUGCCUGCGUGACGUCGACACCAACGAAAAGAUUGUGCUGCCAUCUGCUGAAGAUGUUGCCGCCGAAAAAACCCAAAAGUCGUUGUUUGACGGCAUCGAAAAAUUCGAUGCGACCAGACUGAAGCACACAGAAACACAGGAAAAGAAUCCUCUCCCAGACAAAGAUGUUGUCGCCGCGGAGAAAGCCCAUCAGAACCUCCUCGACGGCGUUGAACAUUACGACAAGACCCAGAUGAAACACACCACCACAGAAGAAAAGAACCCAUUGCCGCCCAAAGAAGCUAUUGAAGCGGAGAAGGAAAAGAACAAGUUCCUGAACGGCAUCGAGAACUUCGACCCAGCCAAGCUGAAGCACACGGAGACGUGCGAAAAGAACCCCCUGCCUACCAAGGACAUCAUCGAGCAGGAAAAGACGGCCUGAACGCCUAUAAAUUAAUUAACCGCAAUCAUAUAUCGCUAGUAUCGCCGUAUUUUAGUAUCUGUAUAAGUUUCUUAUAAGUAACAGGCCCGUUUGCGUCGUCCGUUAAUUUAAAAAAAUUACAAAUUCAAUUUCCGAACGAAACUGUCAUUCACAUUUCAAAUUCAACCGUUUCCAUAGAUUAAAAUUUAAGACAACACGAGAACAAGAACAAGGCUGAUAAAGAAAUAAUAGUACAACUAUUUUUGUCUAUGGUGAAGUAGUUUUAUGAACUUUUUUGUAAGAGAUGAUGUUAUAGCCGUCUCGUUUUACUGUUCGUCGCCCGGACUUCCCCGUUCACGCAUCUCGUCUAUGGACAAAUGGAAACGGGCUUCGUAAACUGGUCAUUUAUCAUUAGUAUUUAAGAACCAAAUUUUCUAUGUCACUUUUAACAUGAUAUAAUAUGUAAUAAGUGUAUUUUAUGAGCAUUUUAUUUAAUUUAUAUUUGAAGAUAUUAAUUAAGAUUCUGUACUGAUUUUAUUUUAGGUCGGAGACACACUGCACUCCAUGAUAACUGAAACUUUAUUUAUAUUUGAAAAUAAUGAUUUGCUUUUGUGUGCUUGUGUUCUCCAUGUUUUAGUUGAGAUUAAUUAGACGACUGAGAGAAUCGUGCAUCGAAUUGGAAAUAGUUCUGAUUAAAGAAAUAGGGAGUGUAGUUGCUAAAAUGUUUUAAAAAUUAAAAAAUCGAUUUCUUUUUAAUAAAAUGAUCUUGUUUGUUCGAUAACGGUAAUAUUUUAACGCAAUAUAAAUGCUCAAUUAUGUACCGGAAUGCUAAGAGUCUGUUUUAUGUAACAAUAGUCGAAGCAAUAGUGUUCUCUUCUGAUACGAACAAUAAUUUUAUACCGAUUUUAUACUACAUUGUGUUAAACCACAAUAAUUUUUCACUAUUAAUAUGCUAAAGAUGCCAAUAAAAACAUUUUAUCGACGAUUUGUACGUUUUACAGACGGUGCUUUUUUAUAAAUAAAAAAGAAAAAAUA